AUGAGGCCCAUCUCCACGAUCCUUCACCUCGGCCGUGCUGAAAACACAGCCAAUGCUGCAAUCCAGCACCAGCUCGAUGCCAUGCCGGACCCAAUGUCAAGCAAGUCACCGGUGAGAAGCAGCCAGCGAAACGUCCUCGCCUGCACGGAAUGUGUGCGGCGCAAGAUCCGGUGCUCCAAGACCAUCCCUUGCGCGAGCUGCAUCCGGCACAACAAAUCGGCCGCAUGCCGGCGCGAACAGGUUGCGGUGGUCAGCAGGAGAUCGACUGCUCGGCGGAGCUCACGAUUGACCGUGCAGGAUGAUUCCAGCCUCUUGCUCGAAGAACCGGCUGCCUCGCCCGGGCUUGGUGACUCCGGGAUCACCGAUUCCGUUCUUGACAUACCGGAGACAGCAAUUCCACAAGAUAUCGGAUAUGGGCGGCCAUCUCAGUUGCUUUCCCGGGCUGAGCCUAGGCCAGAAGGUGACAGUAACCAAGAGGCUCAAACUUUGACAACACCAAACCAAACAUCAGACAGACGGAUGACCGAUGAAGCCGCUGCAGCUCUCCAAUUCCUAGCCCACGGGCGCCGCAAUGUGCUAGACCAACUCUCUGGUCGCGACUCAGCUGCUAGGACACCGCCGAGCUUCUCGCUCAACACCUCCGUGUCGGAGGCUCCAUGGGACAUCUUCUUCUCGGUCGAAACGACGCGUAUGCUGUUGGAAUUUCACCAGGCUCAUCUCUCUUGGAUGCACUUGGCUGUCCAUCUACCUACCUUCCGACGAGAGUUUGAAGACAACAUCCAGCGACAGGACUGUGACUUAUCCUGGAUGGCUCUGUACUAUGCCAUGCUGUCUCACACACUAUAUCACAUCGAUGGGGCUCAACUUACCUCUCUCAUACAAAUAAAUAUCGUCAACAUAGACGCAGCCCGAGUUCUGUUUGACAAGAGCAUCGAGACGUUGUUCCGCGCCAACUUUAUGUCAGAUCACAAGUUGACUUCUGUCCAAGCGAUCUGCCUGCUGUUGCAAGUCGCGCACAACUUGGACAAGUCCGACCUGAUCUGCAUUCUCAUCUCCACGGCGAUACGCAUGUCGCAGUGCCUGAAUCUGCAUCGGCUCGGCGCUGACAAAGAGCGGAUCGCGACAGCCGGCCGGACGAACGACCAGCACAUCAUCGAUCGCGAGGCGGAGAAGCGCGUCUGGUGGUUCUUGGUAAGGUAUGACUGGUUCCAGAUACCGUUCCAGAACACAAGCCAGGUCCACCCAGCCCAGUUCAACACACCCAUGCCAGGCGAUACAUUUGAGGAACCGGAUCGCAUGGUCAAGGCCGGCGCGCUGGCUCUUCAGGGCCCAACAGUGGUCACCCCGAGCCGAUGGGUAAAUUGUCUGAAUCAGAUCUCGGUGCCCAUCUGCAAACUCCAGGAACGGAUGCAAAACGUCGGCUUUCCAUCGGAUGACAAUGACAACAUCUUGAAGAUAUACGACCUUGUGAUAUCUGCGGAUCGGGAGAUCAAGAGCCUCUACGCUUCCUGGCCAAAGUACAUGCGCGUGCUAGACGAAGCCACGUGCGAAGGUGCAGCGAGCGAAGCGUUUCCAGUCAGGCUCAUGCCGGGCCUGGUCCUGCUCUCCACCGCACACAAGAUCCUAAUGGUACACCGCCACUUCCACCUCUCGUGCUUCCGAGACAGACGCUUCGCGUUCACACAGCUUUCCUGCAUCACCCUCGCCCAACAAGCCAUCGCGGCAAUACAGGGGUGGCCGGACACGCCAGAUAUGCGUAUAAUCAGGAGGAUGUGGACAACCCACACCUUUGUCGUCAGCUGCGCCGUCGCCCUGAUUUUCGUGCUGCUGUUCAAGUCCGAGAACCUCCUCACCUUUGACCUGGGCAGGAUGCGUAGCCUCGUCGGGUUCUCGCGAGAAUUUAUCGGGGAGGAGGAACACACAAGUUCCAUCGCUCGCCGGGGUGUGCGGCUCCUGGACGCGUUGAUGGACCUCGAGGGGCGCUCAGAGGGCUCCGAGGAUAUCGAGGCGGACAUCGGGGAGGUCGUGCGCGGCGUCGCCGCUACAGACGGCACCUUUGUAGAGAUGAGUGCCACCAACGAGGCUCAUGAAGCUGUCUUUCCUUACGGUCAAGAUCUGUGGGCUAGCUUCCUGGGGUACUCUACAAACGGGGAUUUCUUGGACUUGGAGCAUCCCUAG